AUGGCUAUACCAUUUGAUUUACCAAGUGAGAUACUAUCGAGUAUUUUUCAAUAUCUUGAUACAAAGGAUAUUUUGCAAUCCCAACUUGUAUGCUACUAUUGGAGCAAACCUGCUAAAAUAGUCCUCUAUGCAAAUGUGAGUAUGACUUACGUAAGUCAAUUGCAAUCAUUUAUUCAUACAGUCACCACAUCUUCCUAUGGUACUUACACAAGACAAUUGUAUACGUUAGGCAUGUAUGAAAAAGACAUGUCAUAUACGUUAGAGACAGAAUCCAUACUUUGCAAGUUGGCAAAAGCAACUCCUGCUCUUGAAAAGCUCAAGGUGUCUUUUGUCACUGAUGUUUUUUGGAUUUGGUUAAAGAAACAAGUACUGGAGGGACAAUGGCAACACUUGAAUACGAUACCUUACCCAACCACACCAUCGCAAUUCAUGGAGUACAGCCGUGUUGUAUGGGCCAUGCGAAACAGACUCAAAAACCUAAAGAUAUUUAUCAGUUCACACUGUGAAUUGGACCGUACAAUCUACCAAGGCUAUGAAUUCUGGAGAAAAAAACUAGAUGGAUUUGCAUGCUUGGAAAAACUCGUAAUUGAUAACCCAGCUUGGCGAACACUCUAUGACUAUGAUAGUCUGAUCGAUGCCUGUCCAUGUCUGAAAGAGUUCCAGUUAAGCUCGACUUUUCCUGUGGCUGUGAUUCGUUCCAACCGAAAGAUGCAUUUGUGGACCCCAAAUUACAGUGUGAAUCGACUUGAUUUGUUGAUCUCGAUUUGUUCCAAAAACGAAAUCCUGUAUAUCAUACAGAAAUUCAAGGGAUUAAAGCAUUUGAGUGUUCAUCAUCCAUUGUUGUAUCCAAUUACCUUUGAACAGGCAGUCAGGACUGACUUUGGAAACCAGGUAGCAGACCGGUUUAUAAUGUUUAUUCAUUCUUUGGAAAGCUUUCAAUGCAACGGUGUAUCUCCUCGUUAUCUCUCAUAA